UAUUAGAUGAUAUAAUCAGUGGAGUAUUAGAUAAUAUAACUGGUAGAGUAUUAGAUAAUGUAACUGGUAGAGUUUUAGAUAAUGUAGAGAUAGAAGGUGAUAAACUUAGAUUAUCUUCUAGUUCAUCAAAGUUAUUUCACUUUAAAGUAAAGGUAGAAGAUGAUAAACUUGGAUUAUCUUCUAGUUCAUCAAAGUUAUUUCGCUUAAAGUAG